UCGGAUCCGCGAGGAGCCGGAAGAUCUGCUGGCCCCGUUGCUGGGCUGGAAGGAUGGCUGUGGGCUGGGUGCUGUGCUCCCUGUGGGUUUUGGGGUCUGGGUGGCCCCCACAGGAGGGCACAGCCUGUUCUCCUGCGAGCCCAUCAUCCUCAGGAUGUGCCAGGACCUGCCCUACAACACCACCUUCAUGCCCAACCUCCUCAACCACUACGACCAGCAAACAGCAGCUCUGGCCAUGGAGCCCUUCCACCCCAUGGUGAACCUGGAAUGCUCCCGGGAUUUCCGGCCCUUCCUGUGCGCCCUGUACGCCCCGGUGUGCAUGGAGUACGGGCGGGUGACGCUGCCCUGCCGCCGCCUCUGCCAGCGCGCCCACAGCGAGUGCUCCAAGCUCAUGGAGAUGUUCGGGGUCUCCUGGCCCGAGGAUAUGGAGUGCACCAGGUUCCCAGACUGCGACGAGCCCUAUCCUCGCCUGGUUGACCUCAACUUGGCCGGCGAGCCCACGGAGGAGGCCCCGAUGGCCGUCCAGAGGGAUUACGGCUUUUGGUGUCCUCGGGAGCUGAAAAUCGACCCGGAGCUGGGCUACUCCUUCCUGAGGGUCCGGGACUGCUCCCCUCCUUGCCCCAACAUGUACUUCCGCCGGGAGGAGCUGUCCUUCGCCCGCUACUUCAUCGGCGUCAUCUCCAUCGUCUGCCUCUCGGCCACCUUGUUCACCUUCCUGACCUUCCUCAUCGACGUCACGCGCUUCCGCUACCCGGAGAGGCCCAUCAUCUUCUACGCCGUCUGCUACAUGAUGGUGUCCCUCAUCUUCUUCAUCGGCUUCCUGCUGGAGGACCGGGUGGCCUGCAACGCCUCCAGCCCCUCCCAGUACAAGGCCUCCACGGUGACCCAGGGCUCCCACAACAAGGCCUGCACCAUGCUCUUCAUGGUGCUCUACUUCUUCACCAUGGCCGGCAGCGUCUGGUGGGUCAUCCUCACCAUCACCUGGUUCCUGGCCGCCGUGCCCAAGUGGGGCAGCGAGGCCAUCGAGAAGAAGGCCCUGCUCUUCCACGCCAGCGCCUGGGGCAUCCCGGGCACCCUCACCAUCAUCCUCCUGGCCAUGAACAAGAUCGAGGGCGACAACAUCAGCGGCGUGUGCUUCGUCGGCCUCUACGACGUGGACGCGCUGCGCUACUUCGUGCUGGCGCCUCUCUGCCUGUACGUGGUGGUGGGAGUGUCCCUCCUGCUGGCCGGAAUCAUCUCCCUCAACCGCGUCCGCAUCGAGAUCCCGCUGGAGAAGGAGAACCAGGACAAGCUGGUGAAGUUCAUGAUCCGCAUCGGCGUGUUCAGCGUGCUCUACCUCGUGCCCCUGCUGGUGGUGAUCGGCUGCUACUUCUACGAGCAGGCGUACCGGGGCGUGUGGGAGACCACGUGGAUCCAGGAGCGCUGCCGGGAGUACCACAUCCCCUGUCCCUUCCAGGUCACUCAGAUGAGCCGUCCAGAUCUGAUUUUGUUCCUCAUGAAGUAUCUGAUGGCCUUGGUGGUUGGGAUCCCCUCGGUGUUCUGGGUUGGAAGCAAGAAGACCUGUUUUGAGUGGGCCAGCUUCUUCCACGGGCGCAGGAAAAAGGAAGUUGUCAACGAGAGCCGCCAAGUGCUGCAAGAGCCGGACUUCGCCCAGUCGCUGCUGCGGGACCCCAACACCCCCAUCAUCCGAAAGUCCAGGGGCACUUCCACGCAGGGCACCUCCACCCACGCCUCGUCCACGCAGCUGGCCGUGAUGGAUGACCAGAGGAGCAAGGCCGGCAGCGUCCACAGCAAAGUCAGCAGCUACCACGGCAGCCUGCACCGCUCGCGGGACGGACGGUACACUCCCUGCAGCUACAGGGGCGUGGAGGAACGACUACCUCACGGCAGCAUGUCGCGACUGACCGACCACUCCAGGCACAGCAGCUGCCACCGGCUGAACGAGCAGUCACGGCACAGCAGCGUCAGGGACCUCAGCAGCAACCCAAUGACACACAUCACGCACGGCACCAGCAUGAACCGCGUCAUCGAGGAGGAUGGCACCAGUGCCUGACGGGCAGCGGGGGCUCGGAGUGCUGGCAGGGCUCGCGGUGCCUUCCUCAGCGAGGCGACGCACUCAGAACCAUCCUCAGCCUCUCGGCAGGUGCUGAAUUUGGGCGUCGGGAAGCCGGGGUCGGCUUCUCUGCGUGGAAGCCGACGUUGUGGGACUUGCCUCGGAGCUGUCUUGAAUCACUGAGUAAAACGCUGGUUGUCUGCUCUGAA